AUGAAGGUGGAAGACAGAACAAGGACAGAUGCAAACUAAAUCAGAUAUUGUGCUAAGCCUGGACAGCAGAUAGAGCACUUUGUCCAAGUCCCAGGGCCUGUACCAGGGAACACACUGCCUUUGGGCCAGCCUGGACUCUCUGACCACCAACAGCCUGACUGGAGUCAAAACACUGGUGCCCCCACUUUCCUGGCCAGGACGGGGCUGGUGGUGCCCACGAAUGCCUGGGCCUACUGCACUGACCCUUACAAGAGGGCACAGCUUAAGGCCAUUCUCUCCCAGAUGAACCCCAGCCUGGGCCUGCAGCUGUGCAAGGCCAACACCUAGGAGGCAGGUGUGCAGGUGAGCCUACGUGUGCUCAGGUUGGUACAGUGCUCGCUGGGCCUUCUCAGCCUGCACAGCUGCUCUCCUUGGGGCUGUAGAGGCCCCAAGGUACCCCUACCAGCCUGGGACUACUAUUCACUAGUGCUGAGCCUCAGGGACUUGAUCCAGCUGUGGAAGGAUGGGAAGGAUGAGAAGGACAAGGAGAGGAAGGAGGUUUCGGGUCCCACAGAGGAAAGCCAGCAGCAGCAGAAGUCACCACCAAGGCCAGGGUUGCAAGAGGACAAGCAGGAGGAACUCUGGCAGCAGGACAAGUUGGGGGAGGAAGAUGCCUCUAGUCCUGGGCGGAGCAAGCAGGCCCAGGGAGAUGCCCACCCUCUCAGGAAACCCAACUUCCGUUUUUGGAUCCAAAAUAUGGCAAUUUUUUUGUGUAAAGAUUGUAAGACCAGAUGGGAGAGUGCUUAUGUGAAGUGCAUUUCUGGAACUAGUAAGAUAAAAGUGUGUGGGCAAUGA